GGUCCCUGUGCUUGCCUAUGCUUGCCUAAGCAGGUGCUUUAGUCUGCUGAGCUACCUCACUGGCCCUCCUUGUUUUUCUUGAUCCAGAUGAAAUGCCACCCUCUAUGGGAUCUCACGUGAAGCAAGUCCUUCUUGGAGGCUCCCACAGACUUGGUCCUUAUCUCACCUGAACUGUCCCCCACCCCCUGAGCCUUGGCCCCAUCUGGGCUUGUGUCUGAGGGUGGGAGGGAUGGAGAAGGCCCAGGCCAGCUGUGGCAGGCCAAGAGGCAGGAAGAGCCAGGGUCAGGUUCCCACCUCUGACUGCCCCCAUAGGCCUAGGGGUGGCAGACCUUCCAUGGGCCGUGCAAGGGCUGGGCUGUGUGAACAGACUGGCUGUGUCUCCCUGUGGCCCCUUGUUGAGCCCAGUUCUCAGACCCUUUCCUCUCCACUUGCUCACUGCUUGGUACCUCUAUCUCUAUUCUCUUCUGGACCAAGUCUGGACAGAAGUUUUAUUGAAACCAGAGCCCCUACCAGGUUAGUCUUUCUUUGCUUCCUGGGGUUGUGCCAUCUUCUUCCUCCCAGGUGCCAGUGCUAACAUAUCCCUCUCUGCCCUCUCAGUGCCCGCUGCCUCUGCCUUUCUUUAGGCUCUCUGAUUAUGCCCACAGUGCCCUGUCUGGCCCGAUGCUACCUCCCAUGCCCACAUUCCUACAACCCCGUGACCACAAUAGGGGACAUUACACAUUCUUGGCCCAGCAGCCAAUGGUGUAAAACAGAACAGAAUGUCCUGGGGACGGGCCCAGCCCUCUGGGCCCCUGGGCCCCUCCUUGGCCUCCUUGGGUCCCUCCUUGGGCCUGGAUGAGGCUAGGUGAGGAGUCUGGAGAAAGGAGGACAGAGAAGGGGAAGAGGCAGGUGGGGACUCCAGGUGUUCCCACUGCUGCAAAGACCAUUUCUCCUUCCCCUGCAGGACCUGGGGCAAGGCUGACCAGGGGAUCCCAAGAGGGAUCCCGGCAGCCCACCAGCUCCCUUGCUCUUCUGCCUGAGGGCAGGCAUUCCUGGGGUGGCUUCCUCAUUUGCACCCUUUUGCUCUCUUCUGUCUCUUCACCCUGUGACCUCUUCCAUACCACAGCUCUCCACCCUGUCCUCUGUUCUCCUCCAUCCCUCUCCCUUUUCCUGCCUUCUCUGUUCCCCUGGCUUCCACACCCUGGUCUCACUCCUUCUGGCUCAUCUCCCUUUCUGUGUUGCCCUCCUGACUUGGUGCUCAGAUUUCUUCUGCCUGUUCCAGAUCUAUGACCCUCAGCUGUCCUUCUGUCCCCAAUCUCCUUGCCUGUCAGCUCCCUAUCAAUUCCCAGCUCAGACUCUUACCUGUCCCCAGGAGCCCUCUUCCCUUUGGGGAGCUCCCAACCAGGACUCCUCCUCUACCCCUCCCCCUGCCCUGCUCACCUUUAAUUGAGAUGCUAAUGAGGCUUCUGUCGCUUCCAUCCCUCACCGACGGGCGGCCCCUGGGCUGCCGCUGCACCUGUCAGGGCUCAAUGAAGGGUGAUGAGCACAAGGCGCAAGGCCCUCUUCCUCCCCCGCCCCUCCCGGGGCCCCUGAAGGGGGACAAGUGUGAGCAGCCAGGGCUGGGUCCCGAGCCAAUGGCCCUCCGGCAGCACUCAGAGGAGGAGGAGGAGGCCCUGAUUGAGUUCCACCGCUCCUACCGGGAGCUCUUCCAGUUCUUCUGCAAUAACACCACCAUCCACGGUGCCAUCCGCCUUGUGUGCUCCAAGCACAACCGCAUGAAGACGGCUUUCUGGGCCGUGCUCUGGCUCUGCACCUUUGGCAUGAUGUACUGGCAGUUUGCGCUGCUCUUUGGAGAGUACUUCAGCUACCCUGUCAGCCUCAACAUCAACCUCAACUCCGACAAGCUGGUCUUCCCUGCUGUCACUGUCUGCACCCUCAAUCCCUACAGGUCAGUCUGUUUGCACCACUUGCAGAGGACCCCAGGGGUGGACGGGGUGCGCGAGUGGUACCGCUUCCACUACAUCAACAUCCUGGCUCGGCUGGCCGACACCUCACCCUCACUGGAGGAGGAAGCGCUGGGCAACUUCAUCUUCACCUGCCGCUUCAACCAGGCCCCGUGCACCCAGGCGAAUUACUCUCACUUCCACCACCCAAUAUACGGCAACUGCUACACUUUCAACAACAAGAAUGACUCCAGCCUCUGGAUGUCUUCCAUGCCGGGGAUCAACAAUGGUCUGUCCCUGACACUGCGUACAGAGCAGAAUGAUUACAUCCCCCUGCUGUCCACGGUAACGGGGGCCAGGGUGACAGUGCACGGGCAGGAUGAGCCGGCCUUUAUGGAUGAUGGUGGCUUCAACCUGAGGCCUGGUGUGGAGACCUCCAUUAGCAUGCGGAAGGAAGCCCUGGACAGACUUGGGGGCAAUUAUGGAGACUGCACUCAGAAUGGCAGCGAUGUCCCUGUCCAGAACUUGUACCCUUCCAAGUACACGCAGCAGGUUUGCAUCCACUCGUGUUUCCAGGAGAGCAUGAUUGAGAAGUGCGGCUGCGCCUACAUCUUCUACCCAAGGCCCAAGGGCGUGGAGUUCUGUGACUACAGGAACCACAGUGCCUGGGGCUACUGCUACUAUAAGCUCCAGGGCGCCUUCUCCUCCGACAGUCUGGGCUGCUUCAAUAAGUGCCGAAAGCCGUGCAGUGUGACCAUGUACAAGUUAUCUGCAGGUUACUCACGCUGGCCCUCGGCAACAUCCCAGGACUGGAUCUUCCAGAUGUUGUCCCUACAGAACAAUUAUACCAUCAAUAACAAAAGAAAUGGCGUAGCCAAACUGAACAUCUUCUUCAAGGAGCUGAAUUACAAAACCAAUUCUGAGUCUCCCUCUGUCACGAUGGUCACACUCCUGUCCAACCUGGGCAGCCAAUGGAGUCUGUGGUUUGGCUCCUCCGUGCUGUCAGUGGUGGAGAUGGCGGAGCUCAUGUUCGACCUCCUGGUCAUCACAUUCCUCAUGCUGCUGCGGAGGUUCCGGAGCCGCUACUGGGCUCCAGGACGAGGGGCCCGGGCUGCCAGGGAGGUCGCCUGUACACCCUCAUCCUCCCUCCCUUCGCGCUUUUGUGCCCACCCUGCCUCCCCAGCCUUGACAGCCCCUCCACCUGCCUACGCCACCCUCAGCGCCUGCCCACCUCUUCAGGGCUCAGUGGAGGCUGGCUCGGGUACCUAUGCUCUAGGGGAGCCCUAAGAGUUGGCAUCCUGCCUCCUACAGAGACACCUGGGACCACCUGAGCUGCCCAUGUGCCUGUGGUGCAGAGGGGGAGCUGGGGGAGGAGUGGAGAAGCUCGCCAGGCCCCCCACUCCACCCCAGUGAGUACGGACAAGGCUCCUUUGCCCUUGGAUCAGUGGGGCCAAACUUGGAGUUGUGUCAAGGAACUUCCCUAGGAAACUGCGGCAACCAGGACAAAGCACAAACAAGGUGCACACAGAGCCACGCCUAGGUCCCCUCUCCAGUGACCUUGGGCCAGCCCCAGAUUGACCUGGCCACACUGCUUCCAGGGACACAGACAUGUCUGCUUCUAUUCUUGAACUUGGGUGGGGAACCCCACCCAAAAGCCCCCUUUUUAGUUCUUGGGCAAUUCCCCUUCCCUGACUGCUCAGGGCAGUGGCUGGAGCCGACUAGGUUAGUCAAGUUUUCCCAGAUUCCUCUGGUCUCAGGCUCAAGACCCUCACAGAGCCAUAGCCCAGUGCUGAGUCCCUCAUACCUCUGCAUGUCUGCUCAAGCGAUUUCCUCAGCUUGGAAGUCUCCCCUGCCAUCUCCUGGAGAGCUCUGCUGCAUCCCUCAGCACCCUGUUUAGACACCAUUACUUGUCUGAUAGCCUGUUUCCUGCAGAACUGAUCACCCCCUUCUUUCCAGAUGCCUGUAACAUACUAUAACAUCUACUGGAGCACUGAUGUCAUGUUAUACUUUCCUGUUCAUUUGUGUCUGCUCACCUGACUAGAUGGUCAGGGACCGAGUUUUGUUCAUUUACGUGUUCUCCAGGUUUAGCCUACCAUCCUGCUUAGAGCAGGUAGGCAGGCGUUCAAUAAAUGUUUGUUAGGUAAAGCUGUGUCAUGGAGAGCUGGGUGGUGCCCGUGAAGUGGGAAUGGAGGAGAUGCAAACCCUGGAGUCACUGCCCAUACUUCCAGCAAGUCUUAUGGAGCAGGAAGGCACAGGCCCCUGUGCCCCUUGGCUCACCAUGGAGGAGAGCCUGGGGGAUUCAUCCACCCCUCUGUGGG